AUGGUAACAGUGGGUAGUAACAGAACGCCGUCGAAUUCUUCGGAUGUAUCUGGAUCUACAUCACCAGGCGAAUGCCAAUCAGGUUCUGAAAAUGGAAAUCUAAUGUAUAUGUUAAAGAAUUGUUUAAUAAUAUCAAAAGAUGUUGUCAACAGAUCAAUGUGUAACGAGAACAUAAAAUAUUGUGGAUUUGAGAACAGAUCAAACAAUUGCUAUUGUAAUGUAGUCUUACAGUCGCUUUACUCAUCUCAUGACUUUAGAACUCGUAUGAUUAGACUGAAAAAAAUAGGGACUGGAAUUUCCGGUGAACUCGGAAAACUUUACAGCAAAUGUGUCGCAGCAAAUGGUAUCGUUAUAUAUAUAUUUAGUGGUUUUUAUGAUGUUAUAGAGAUUCAAUCUCCCAAGAGCUUUCUCAAGAAAGUUUGUAGCACGAAUGAUGAUUUUGUUUUGGGAGAUCAACAAGAUGCACAUGAAUUCCUCACGUAUAUAAUAAACUUAAUGAUUGAUGAAAUCCGUGAAUUGGAGGAUGAUUAUCUAAGGCCAAAGUCUCAAUCUUUGAAGAAUACCGGUAAAAGAAAAACGGAGAAAAGAACAUGGUUAAAUGAAUUAGUUGAAGGGUUUGUUAAAUCAGAAACCAGGUGUCAUGAAUGUAAAAAUGUCACUGGCAUAAUGGAGCCGUUCAUAACAAUAUCUUUGGAUAUAAACGAUAAUUGUGAUAUAAACAGCUGUCUGGAAAGGUAUUGUGACGCGGAACUAUUGACAGGCAAGGAUCAGUUCUUUUGUGAUACAUGCAACAAGUACUGUGACGCUUCCAAGAAAGUUGUAUUUGACCUCAUGCCACCACUACUCAUUUUGCACCUGAAGAGGUUCAAAUACAAUGUACAAGCAGGGAAUAACCAAAAAGAUAUAUAUUCGGCAUUUGAAAGACUACCAUAUUCCGUAAUAUCACGCAAUAUUAUCAAAAUAAAGUGUCAAAGACAUACCCAUCCAAUUGUCUAUGAACUUUUCUCUGUGAUUCUGCACAUUGGAACGUCUCCACAUUAUGGCCAUUAUAUAAACAUUAGCCGUAUGGGAGAACAAUGGUUCAAGUGUGACGAUACCUCCAUUCACAAGCUACACAACUUUCAUCAGGAUGUUGGUGAUGAACAUUCGUCAGGUAGUGAUGGAAGCUACAUUCUUUUCUAUCGUAUAAAAGAAUAA